AAACAUUAGCAGCUUACACACACACACACAUUAAAAACAGACGCUUUUAAUGCUAAUUAAUCGUUUACAGCCACACGAUGAUAUUCGCUAACAGCCAACAACAAAAUAACACAUCGAGGCUGGGUUGCUUCUUCACGUCUUCGACAUACAAAAAAAAAAAUAAUAAUUACAAAUGCAAACCAGGCUGUGUAACCAGCUAACUAGUUUGUUAUCGUGAAGUUAGUCCAAUCGCGGGUGAAGCUAAUUCAUCUGAUUGAAGCUAACCAACCGUUAAACGUUGGACAAAUCAAGCAGAAAGAGUUAAAGAGGCCGAAACGCGUCAGAAAUUGCUGCGCAAUGUGAAGAAAGAGGUGAAACAAAUUAUGGAGGAGGCAGUAACGAGGAAAUUUGUGCACGCAGACAGCAGCCACAUCAUAUCCUUCUGUGCUGUAGUGGAGGCCUGCAUGCUUCACGGACUGAAGCGUCGUAUUGCAGGCCUGCUUUGCAGUAACAAGGUUGCAGCACUCUUUAUGAAGGCGGCAAAAAGCUUUUCACCUGCUGAGGAGCUUUGCCACAAGGUCCAGGAGCUGGAGCAGAUUAUCGAAAACAGCAAGCAGAACAGUUCUUCACUGAGUAAUGACCGCAAUCGGCAAUCCAAGUUUGCCAACCUCCCCCCUCAGGCACUGAAACACCUGUGGAUCCGAACUGCACUGAUGGAGAAGCUCCUGGACAAGAUUGUCCUGUACUUGGUGGAGAACAGCAGUGCUUUCUAUGAGAAAGAAGCCAUGCUCAUGGAUCCCGUGGAUGGACCAAUUCUUGCAUCUCUAUUGGUUGGCCCAUGUGCUUUGGAGUACACCAAAGUUAAGACUGCAGACCAUUUCUGGACAGACCCGUCUGCUGAUGAGCUUGUACAGCGGCAUCGCAUCCACAGCGGCCACUGUCGGCAGGAUUCGCCUUCCAGACGGCCUGCCCUGAUCCAGAAGAGACAGUCCAGUGGUAGCAUGGAUGAUCGCCCUCUCAUGUGGGUGAGGGACUAUGUUGAAUCACUCCACCAGAACUCCAGAGCCACACUUCUGUUUGGAAAGAACAACGUUCUGGUGCAGCCGAGAGAUGACAUGGAGGCCAUCCCAGGCUACCUUUCUCUACAUCAGACUGCAGACCUCAUGACACUGAAAUGGACGCCCAAUCAGCUAAUGAAUGGCAACGUGGGGGAGCUAGAUUCUGAGAAAAGUGUGUAUUGGGAUUAUGCUAUGACAAUUCGUUUGGAAGAGAUUGUAUAUCUCCACUGUCACCAGCAAGUGAACAGUGGUGGGACUGUAGUUUUAGUGAGCCAGGAUGGUAUUCAGAGACCUCCUCUACAUUUCCCCAAAGGAGGCCACCUUCUUCAGUUUCUCACCUGCUUGGAGACGGGCCUGCUACCUCAUGGACAGCUGGACCCGCCACUCUGGAAUCAGAGAGGAAAAGGAAAGGUUUUCCCCAAACUGCGAAAGAGGAGUCCACACGGCUCAUGUGAUUCUGUGUCAGAUAAGGAAGAUGACGAAGCAACCGAUUAUGUGUUUCGAAUCCUCUUUCCCGGAAAUCAGAUGGAGUUCAUGGCCCUGGAGCUGAUGGACCAAGGCGUGAACUUGUGGCAACCGACCCCCAGAAAGUCCUCCUGCUCCUCCUGCUCACAGAAUGGCUCCUCUGAUGGCUCUCUGCCUAAUGGAUGUAAUCAGGAAAGGGCUCCUUUAAAGCUCCUUUGUGACACCAUGAAGUACCAGAUAAUCUCCCGUGCUUUUUAUGGAUGGCUUGCAUACUGCCGUCAUCUGUCCACAGUUCGUACCCACCUUUCUGCUCUGGUCAACACCACUAUAGUUGACCCUGAUGUGCCCUGUGGUGCCCGGGGAGGUCUCUCUGUGGAGGUCUGGGGCAAGUUCCUCAAGGACAGCUCUGCCUAUGAGGAAAAGGAGAUACACAGGCUUGUGUAUUUUGGUGGUGUGGCUCCUUCACUACGCAAAGAGGUCUGGCCCUUCCUGUUGGGACACUACCAGUUCACCAUGACUGAGAAAUGCAGACUAGAGAUCGACGAGCAAAUGCGGACCAUGUAUGAGCAGACUAUGAAGGACUGGCAGGGUUGUGAGGCCAUUGUCCGUCAGAGGGAGAGAGAGAAACAUGCUGAGGCCCUUGCCAGAUGUUCAUCUGGAGCCAGUGUGGAAAGAGGACCAGUGCAGCGGGACUCCACCAUCAGUACAGAUUCGUCUCUAAGUAGCAGCUCAGAUCAACAGAAUGCCAACUCGCAAAGUGAUUCCAGCAGUAGUGCACAGGUAUUUGGAUCAGUUGAGGCAGUGGAUCAGAUUGAGACUGAGCCCACAGCUGAGGAAGGAGAAGUACAGCUCAGUAGUUCACUGAAGGACAUCACAAGUAAUGCUGCAGACGCUCCAGAACUUCCCUCCUGCAACCCCUCCUCUCCAGGUCUGUCAAAUCCACAUCCAGAUUCAGAAAACAAUGCUCUUGUAACAGAGUCAGCUGUUACAUCUACGACAUCUCAGCAGUCAGCGGAAACAUCAGAGGUCUUAAAGGAGAAAACUCCAACUGAGUCACAGGCAGGAGGGGAGAAUGUAACAGACCCAGAAGUCAAAGAUAAGGUUCCAGAGACAGAGAGGGAGGCAGUUUCAGAAAGCAAGGUGGAUAAGGACUGUGAUAAGUCACAAGAGACAUCUGAACCUGAUGAAAAACCUGAAGUAGAAGAAAAAGAUGCAACAACAAAUGACCAAUCUGGAGAUUUAAAAGCAGUGGACACAAAUAUGAAUUUAAGAUCUGUUCCAGAGAAAACAAAUGUCCUAAAGCUAGAAACAGAGAUACAUAACGAAUAUUUCCAAGCACCUCCACUCGGACAGACGUUGAGUUUUCAAGCACAAAAGAGCAAAUCUGAUCUGGAAGGGGCACCACCUACAGCAGAAAAAGAUGCUAAUCCACAGAGUGAAACAAAGCCAGAUAUUACUGAAAAUCCUGAAACAACUUCUGAAAAUUCACAAAUGUCUACGGCCUGCACAGCAGAGUCAGAACAAAAAGAUGCAGGAGCAACAGUUUGUGACUUGGCCGAAAUAAAAAAAGCAGCAGAAAUUCCGUUUGAGAAACCUGGUUCAAAUUCACCUGUCAGACAAGUACUGAAUGCUCUUCAGUCAGCGUCAAGGGGCAGCCUUUCAUUAUCAUCUCGGCAGUCUCCAGACACGGCUGAUUCAGAUGACUCUCCUUCUGCCCUGGAAAUGGAGGACAUACCUGCAGGGAUAACAUGUGUGAACUCUGAGGAUAUCAAGGCCAGGCCUUUGGCAGGACUUGCUGCACCGCCCGUCUCCUUUGCACAAAGAGAGAAAAUGGCAUCAGUGGACCUUGUCCUAGAUCACCAUCUGGACACAGCCUGUAACACCAGUCCUGAGGGCACCGACCUCGGUCUUUCUGAAGAGGAACCUGAGAUGGAAAAUGUGCUCACUGAACCAGAGUCUGCGGAGGCGGGAGGAGACACUAAACACGACGAAUCUUCAGAAGAACAAACAUAUUCUCAAGAAACACUGGACAUGUACUUGAUCAAUUUACAUCGCAUUGACAAAGACGUGAGACGUUGCGACCGAGCAUAUUGGUACUUCACUCCUGACAACCUCGAUAAGCUGCGUAACAUCAUGUGCAGUUACGUGUGGCAGCAUCUGGAUACAGGUUACGUCCAGGGAAUGUGUGAUCUGUUGGCGCCUCUACUUGUUAUUCUGGACGACGAGGUCAUGGCAUUUAGCUGCUUCACAGAGCUGAUGAAGAGGAUGAACCAGAAUUUUCCUCAUGGAGGUGCCAUGGACUCUCACUUUGCCAAUAUGCGUUCUCUUAUCCAGAUCCUGGACUCUGAGCUGUUCGAGCUGAUGCAGCAGAAUGGAGACUAUACUCACUUCUACUUCUGUUAUCGCUGGUUUCUACUCGACUUCAAAAGAGAAAUGGUGUAUGAUGAUGUGUUCUCCUUGUGGGAAACAAUCUGGGCAGCCAAGUACACCUCCUCUGAGCACUUUGUGCUCUUCAUUGCUCUGGCGCUUGUGGAGAUGUAUAGAGACAUCAUCCUAGAAAAUAACAUGGACUUCACGGACAUCAUCAAGUUCUUUAAUGAAAUGGCCGAGCGCCAUGACGUCCCGCAGGUCCUGAUGAUGGCUCGAGACUUGGUCCAGAAAGUGCAGACACUCAUCGAAAACAAGUGAUGCAGGGCGCUGCCAUUCUGCCGCCGCUGCUGCUGCUGCUCCCAUUUCUUUUGUGCUAAAUUGUUUAAAGAUACUGACACGACCACUUAAUAGUCAUGUGUUCAAGAGGAAAGGAAUCAAUGUUAAUGAAGUGCUGAAAAGACAACUGGUCAUUAAGACCACUCGUUAUUCUAAGAUAGUUGUGUAACAACGUCUUUCCAGUUGCUCCUCUCUAUAGUCAGGAGAUGCAACUAUUGCCAGUAAAUUUAUUUUUAAAGUGUUAUUGUUCACUUAGUGAAUGUACCCUUGUUGAAACUGCUUCAGGAUGUUAUUUAUUUUGCCUUAAAUUUAGCUGUUUUUUCAGGGAUACAGCAACCAAAUUCUUCACUGUAUUGUUACAUAUUCUACCAGGUUAAUUUUGUUCGGUUACCAUACAUCUUGUGAUACACUUGAAUAUAUUUUCAGUAUUAUUAUUAUUAUUUUGCUAAAAACUGUAGCUACCAUGAUUGAAAACAUCUUGUGAUGCACUUGAAUAUAUUUUCAGUAAUAAUAUCUGGCAUUAUUCGAUGAUUUGGUCUUGUAAACAUUAGAGGUACAUUAGAGGAGGUUGUGUCUAAGUAGCAUGUGUGAUUUGCUUCCCAAUAGCCAUUUUGAGGACCACUUGCUGGCUUCUCUGAAGCUUGGCGGUCCUCUUCCUUUGUUCGACUCUGAUGCACAAAAGCUUGCAGGAUAUCCAGACCGAAACUGUGAACUCAUGUGCAUGGCCGCACAUAGUUUGCAUAUACAGUAUGGCCCUUCCCUCUGAUACCCGACCAAGUUCUCAUACUGUGUGUUCCUUCUAACUCUGACCUCCUCUAUGCAUUUAUUAAGUUGUGACUCAGCUUGCUUAAUUUCACCCUCUCGCCUCUCUACUGGCUUUUUAUUUAUCAGCUUGAAGUACAUUCUUCUUACCCUAAAUAACACAAUGCUGCUCAGGCGGAUGGAUUCAGCUGCUGGUUCUCACGACAUCAAGACAAUACAGUGCUAAGAGUCUGCUUCCUUCCAAGCAAUUGGUGGUAAACCCACAGGGGUGUGCAGUGAAGGCAGCAUACCUCAUUUGCACUCUGCACUUCCAUAUUUCACUUUCACCUUGUGAACAGUUUCAUGGCUUUCUGCCCACGCUGGUUUUGGUUGCAAUGGUCUUUCAUGCAUUUCCCUUCAUUGUUACCUCAAGAUCUCCGUGCCCAUACCUGUUGAGAAAGAGCUCUGCUUGCCAAUCACUUAGCCAGGUUCAACACUUUCCUCAGUUACGUUUGAUUUCCUGUAAGGCUAGUGCAUAUGUCUUUCUUUUAUCUGGAGGGGGCUCUUUUUUUUUUUACUCGAAUGGUCUUUAUUACUGCACAUCUCUUACAUUAGCUGACAGUGUUGCUCAGACUGUCACGACUUUAAACUACUUGUAAGUUGAAUCUUUUUGAAGCCAUCAUCAGGUUUUCACCGUUUACUAAGAACCAGAAGGUCAUCGUAUUACUUUUAAAGGGUCAUUUCAGUGGUAGCUACUCAAGUGGUAUGUAGCCAUGCAGAUAUUUUGUUUUGUUUUGUGUGUGAAGUUUUAUGAAACCCUGAUCUUCUGCUGCUAAUCCAAUACAGUGGCGGUGAAUGGAAUUUCAUUUGUUCAGCUGAAAAUGUAACAUUUAAAGGCAUUCAUUUGUCUUUCCAAAAACAAAGUCCUGGAGACAUUUUUCUUAUAAUUCCAGUAAAGUCAGAGAAAUUUCAGAUCAAUAUGCUAAACACUUAGCAGAUAAAACUCCUAGAUCUAUUUAGAAAACUAUCUACAUGGCUAGAUACCAGCCUAAGUAUGUCAGAAAAAAAACAAAGAGUAAUUGUCACUAGCCAAAACACACCCGUUUGGUUCAAUGUGGCUUAAAUUCCAGUGUUUUGAUAUCACUGCUAAUGUGUCUCCAUAUGAUCUUCUAAAAACAUGCCUGAGUAUUGCUGUCUGUGUAUUGCCGUGUUUGUUGUCAGAAGAUUUACUGUAUACAGUGUGUUCAAAAGAAACACACUUAUUGUAUAACUAAGCUAGUACAUAUUUAUUAAAUGCAAUACAAUGUCUGUAUAUGGGCUUUAUCGGAUUAUAAUGAACAGAAAGAUAAAAAAUAUUCCAUUGGAAAUAAAUAUAUUUUUAUUUUUUUCUGUCUUCUCAAAUUGUCACCUGGUAUAAUUAAUUUAUUGCGU